CCAUAGAAGUCACAGACUCUUCCUUGCCCUUUUCCUCCUGUAGACCAGAAGAAGUCCAAAGAUGGGAUCUUUGCCGCCCCCAAUGCCGGACCUCCCGGGAUCCGCCGGGAAGAUUGACACCGGCGAGCUCGGCCUCCUGUUCCAGGCGCAGCGCCGCAAUCUGGAGCACUUCUUCGACCACCUCGACCUCGCCCAGGCGGCGCACUUCGCCCAGACCCUCCUUGACGCCCCCGGCGCCAUAUUCUUUUCCGGCGUCGGCAAGUCCGGCAUCGUCGCCCACAAGCUCGCCCAGACCCUCGCCUCCCUCGGCUUCGCUCGCGCCUCCUUCCUCAACCCCGUCGACGCCCUCCACGGCGACCUCGGCGCAGUUUUCCCGGGCGACCUCCUGGUCCUGAUCUCCAAGUCCGGCGCCUCCGAGGAGCUCCUCACCCUCGUCCCUUGCGCCCGGUCCAAGGGGGCGCGCCUCCUUUCGCUCACCUCUGCGGCCGAUGGCUCCGGCAACCCCCUCUCCGCCCUCUGCGACGUCAAUGUGCACCUCCCCCUCCAGCGCGAGCUCUGCCCCUUCGGUCUCGCGCCGGUCACCUCGGCGGCGAUCCAGAUGGUGUUCGGGGACACCGUCGUCGCUGCCCUCAUGGCCGCGCGUCGGCUCACUAAAGAGCAGUACGCGGCCAACCACCCCGCCGGAAAGAUUGGGAAAAGCCUCAUCUUUAAGGUGAAGGAUGUAAUGAAGAAGAAUACUGAGAUUCCUUUGUGCAAGGAAGGAGACAUGAUAAUGGAUCAGUUGACAGAGUUGACAAGCAAAGGGUGUGGAUGUCUGCUCGUCGUCGAUGAGGAGUUUCAUCUAAUUGGAACCUUUACGGAUGGUGACCUCCGGCGCACGCUCAAGGCCAAUGGUGCCGACAUCUUCAAUCUCACAGUUGGUGAGAUGUGCAACAGAAAUCCAAGAACAAUCAGCCCGGACGCCAUGGCAGUCGAGGCAAUGCAGAAGAUGGAAUCACCCCCUUCUGCUGUGCAGUUCUUACCUGUCGUCAAUGACCGCAACAUCGUGAUUGGUAUCAUCACCUUGCAUGGACUGGUUUCAGCAGGCUUGUGAUCCAAAUUCAGCCUAUAUUUGUGUAUUCCUUUUUGCAUUCAAGGCUUGGCAUUCCAGCUUCUAUGUUGUUGAUGUAUCUCUCUCACUUCAUUCCUUUGCCCAAAAAUUAGCAAGGGGGCAUACAGGCGACUCAUUUGUUGAGGAACUCUAGCAUUGUUGGUGUAAUAUGAAUCUACAAAGGCAUUUUUAAGCAUACGAGUAAUUUGCACAUACUGUGCUAAUUAAACGAGUGUGCUUUGCUCAUGUUGUCUACCAUAAGUUAAUGUAACAUAUAGCAAAUAUUAGAUUCAUGAUAUUUAUGGUUUAUCA